UAUUUUGAUGAGUUAAAUUUGCGGAAAUUGCAAUUCAUCUCUCCUGCGCCUCCUAGGCUUCCGUAGUCCCGUUUUUCCUUCACAGAAGUGUUGCUCUGUUGAAGGUAAGUUGAGGGAAAAAUGAUGUCGCACUAUUUCGCAAUGUUCUUAAAUGUAACUGUAACCAUUAGCGUGGGUAACAGGACCACGGUUUUCAGCUGUGGUGUGUCAUUAUUCUAGACGAUGGAGUGGUGAUAAAAGUAUACGUUUUGUUUAAUUUCGCGCUGUUUGUACUCGCUACAUCCGGUCGUCCUGACGUAUACGUUUCCCUCUAUAGACCCUGUGUGUAGGGAGCUGAUGUGUGGAGACCAGAAGGCAAUGUCUGUGUUUUAUUGUCUGCAGGACCAAAUAAAUGCUGAAAAGAUCAGUACCUGAGUCAACUACAUCCGUGCCCUAAACACAUCUGUUACACAUCCACAUUCCACGGGGUAUGGCGUCAGUUUAAUGACAAAACUCACACAUGCGAGGAAACGUCUAUUCAAGUGAAUUUCAGGUUUUCGCAAGCGUAAAUUUCUUCUUCGCACUCAAUUUUAGCAGGCGCGAGAAGAAAUUCAACAACUGCGAGCAGAGGCUGACAUACUCUCGCAAAACUUGGUCUGCUCGCUCGAAAGUAUGACUUUUGGCAGUGUGUGGGCGGUUUUGGCAGGGUGUGGGCGGGAACCAAAGGAGGACGGCUCUUCUCUGAUUGGUCCUGGUCAUUGAGGCUUUGACAGAGUCUUGUAGGCAGGCACGUCACUCACUUCAACCAAACUCCGGUAAGUAGCUACAUAUAUGUAGGCCUAUGGUGAAAACUGAUAUUUAAUGACGAACCGAAGUAACGGUACCCAUUAAACCGGUUUUGAUUAAAUACCAGUGGUGAUUAGGGCAUUUGACCCACGGUCACUUUAUUUAUUCCAUGAAAAAGCGUCAGUUCUCGGGACAUAGUCGCUGUUAUCUGCCAGUAGGUAACAUAGCUAGCUACUAGCAAAAAUGCUUGGAGUGUCCGCUCCGCUGACUGCCUCAGAAGAUUCCCGCGCUUGCAAGAAGCCGUUGCUUGCUAACUGUUGUAGCUAGCUUUUGCUGCUGAGUUUUCAAAGUUGACUUCAAUGUUUUAAUGUAAUUUAUUCCAUUAUCAGUGUGUUUUUACUGCUUUCAAGCUAAUUCUGACACUUUCUUCCCCUCCCUUCCUCAUCCUAAAGUCUGAAAAUGACAAACUGAAAUGAGGAAGAUUUACAAAAAAUGGCUCUCAAUAUAGUGACCUUGAUAAGGAGUACCUUGGGUGAUGUUCAGGGUCAGCCAAGGGUGACACCACAGGGACCAGCCAGGCCUGACAGGGUACAAAUACAGGCUCCCUCUGGAACCCAAUGCAGAGAAAUUUGUCCAGGUUUGGAUUUUCACAUAGCCUAUACUCUGUAGAUGUUAUGCCCAUUUUAUUCAGUGUGUCUCACCCAAAGUCAUUGUUUGGGCUAAUCUUUUCAGUAAAGCAGGGUCACAUGUUAACAAAUGUUCAGCCCCGUAUGGUUAUCCACAGUUGUUUUGUAGUGGAUGGGUUCAAAUAGCUUGAUUUUCAUCUACAAACUUUCUCUCAGGUCUUUCCCGGGAAGGUUUGGGGAGAGGCCACACAAGAGGUCUGCGGGCAAAAGUACCUCGGUUUAGUUUUUCAUUUUGAGUCGUUCGAGUGAGAAAACUCCAAAACCAUCGGAGGAGCUAGCCCUCUUACAUGCAGGGCUAGAGAGGAGAACAGUCAAUAUUCCUGAUGGUGCUAGCCAUAAUGAGAUCAUAGAUCUUCUCUGUGAGGUGUACCCGACGUUGCGUGACCUAGAGCGGCCAUGGAUGUUGCACAAAGCAAUGGGAGGGUCUGGACAAAGGCGACUCAUGUUAGUGUCACCUGACGAGUCUGGUUACACCGGGGCUGGCCUAGUGAAAUCCUGGGGAGGCAAGGGGUGCCUAUAUAUGAUGCCUAUCCAGCAUGUGCUGGACACAUCUCCCCUUCCCUUUUCCGCCCUGGAGUUCAGCGCCAUGCCCGAUGGCCAAAUGUGUGACAUGCCACCAGGAGGUGCCAUUGCAACUCCUCAGCCUCCAUGCGGAAACAUGCUGCAAUAAUAUUGAGGAGGCCCGGGAAGCCGACAGCACCUCUUUGUUGGACCUAACGGAUCAAAUUGUGGCAUGUGGCUACAAAGGUCCAAUAAUGGACAGAAAAGACGACAUUGUGCGGUGUAUCAUCUUACAUGGAACAGUGAAGUUGCUGCCCAUGUUGCAACAGCUAAGCUCAGGUUUGGAACUCUAUGGCCUCAGACCUAUGGUCCAGGCUAACAGAGUAAUGUGCAGGGAGCUAUUUGUUCCGGUGCCUUUAAACGUGGUGGAUGCAGACUUCCUUAUUAGAUCUCUAGCACCUACAUUUUCAGAUGCGGGAACCAUGAGGCGACAAAGGGAGUUGAAGCUAGUUAAUUACCUUCAGGACCUAAUGAACGAGUUUGAAGAUAAAGAAGAAGAGGAUCGAGGCAUAACUGUCAGCAGGUUUUGCCAGUGGGUCACUCGACAGGGCCAUAAACCUCUUGAUAUCGAUCAAGAGUUCAAAAUAGGGAUUGAAUUUGAGCAUGACUGCACCACCCGCCAUGGCAGUCACACAAUCUGCUUCCCCAUCGUGAAUGCAUGUGCACAGACCAUUACAUUGCCCGUAGAACACAUGGGGAGCUACACCAAUUUCAAAAAUGUAAUGUGCCAUGCUAUUAACCAUGGUUUUGAGUUUUCAAGAAGCUGACUGUUUUAUGUUGACUGAAUGUUUUCUUAUGUUCAAUGUUUACUGGCUGUUUUCUUAUGUUCAAUGUUCAACAUGUUCAAUAUGGUUUACGCUCUAUUUAUAAAAUGUAUACACAAUUGAGACAUCCAGUUAAUCAGACUCAAUUUUAUUAACUAAGUGUGGUAAAAUCAGUCAGUUCCAAACAAAUAUUCACGGCAAAGAAAUUACAAUUCUUUUGCCGGCACAUCACUUUGCUCAAUCAUGCUCUGUGCAUAUGCCAGUUUCUCACUACUUAUAUUGCAGUCCACAUCUGGAACAAUAAUGCCUCCAGCUGUCUCUCCAGUGUGGUCAGUGGCAAUGUCCCAGUCAAUGUCUGGCUCCUGAAUGUCCUAACAGAAUACAAAAUAAAUGUAUAAAGGUG